GCGAAUAACGCGCCCUCAUCCGGUCACAGCGAGCUAGCUGCUUGACGCUUCCGUUAAGAGCAGGCUCCGGUUCGCUGGGUAGCUAGUUUAGCCGGGCACCGUUAGCUUAACCUGCGGCUUAGUCGUCAAAUCCAAUACUUGACUGUCCCUACUUUUUCCGAUACUUGAAUUUGUGUCAGUCCAGUUGACGUGUUUUGUCUCGAAGAACGACGUAACUAUGUCAGUUAUUGGCGCGUUAGCCGUUUAUUUAACCGUGGGUCGCUGCUCUCGUUAGCUCCUGUGGCGUUGCUAGCUAACGUCAGUAAGGGGUUAACUUUCAGCCUUCGCUAGCUGUGAGGUGCCUGUCAGGAAAAACGAUACUGACAUGGGCGAGUAGGUCAGUUGUUACCGUUUAUGGUUUUUCCUGGGCAAAACGCGUUUGUUCUUUGUAUUUGUGAGCAAAUUCCGCCAUUAAAACGUUAACCAGUUGUGGGGGGGGGGUUACUAGUAAAAUGCAUCAUGUUGAUCUUCCAAGGUUGCCUGUGGAUAGAUUAUCCCUCAGGAGAGAAGAGUACUUUGUAAAAUGUGUUGCAUGAGAUGCUGUGGGAUGCCACAUAUAUGAUGAUGUGGAGUUAUUGAUAUCUGCUUGUUUUUGCUGCCUUUUAGUGUCGAUGCCUUGGCGGAGAUGAGUGUGAAGGCUUUUGAGUUAGUCCCCGUGGUGGAGCGGGACCUCCUGAUGGGUGACAAGGCUCGCAUCAACAUAGAGUGUAUAGAAUGCUGUGGCAAGCACCUGUACGUGGGCACUAACGACUGCUUUAUCCACCACUUCCUGAUAGAUGAGGUCACUUCCCAAAAGGGGAGGCUGACUUACUCGCCCCAGAAGCUGCUGCACAAAUUCCUGGGCCUCAAGAAGCCUGUUGCUGAGUUACGGGCUGCUUCGGCACUGGAGCGUCUUAUAGUACUCUGUGAUGGAACCGUGUUUCUUGUAGACAUGGUCACUUUGGAGACCGUACCUUCAGCUGCAGGGGGUGGAGCCAAAAUCAAAGGUGUGACAGCGUUCUGCAUGAAUGAGAACCCAGUAAACGGUGAUCCUUUCUGUGUGGAAAUUGGAGUGAUAUCCUCUAAGCGGCGGACAGUGCAGAUUUACAUGGUUUAUGAGGACAGGGUUCAGCUGGUCAAAGAGGUGACCACGCCCGAGCAACCUUGUGCUGUCAGCCUUGAUGGUUACUUCCUGUGCUUGGCCCUUACCACACAGUACAUGAUCCUCAAUUACAGCUCAGGUGCCUCUCAGGAUCUCUUCCCUUACAACAGCGAGGAGAAGAGGCCCAUUGUCAAGCGGAUUGGCAGGGAGGAGUUCCUCUUGGCUGCCCCAGGUGGUCUUGGAAUGUUUGCCAAUGCGGAAGGCGUGUCCCAGCGGGCCCCUGUGAACUGGUCAGAGAACGUGAUUGGUGCUGCUGUGUGCUUCCCUUAUGUGGUGGCUCUGGAUGAAGGCUUCAUCACUGUCCACAGCAUGCUGGACCAGCAGCUAAAACAGACCCUCUCAUUCAGGGACGGACAAAUUCUACAAGAUUUUGAAGGUAAAGUGGUUCUAGCUUCUACGAAGGCGGUGUACAUUCUCGUGCCCCUGCCCUUGGAGAGACAGAUCCAGGACCUACUGGUCAGUCACAGAGUGGAGGAGGCCCUCACCCUCACGGAAGGAGCCCAGCAAAACAUUCCUAAAGACAAGUUCCAGAUUUUGCACAGGAGAAUUCUGCAGCAGGCUGGAUUCAUACAGUUUAGCCAACUUCAGUUUCAUGAAGCAAAAGAACACUUCAGGAAAGGCCAGCUGGAUGUGCGGGAGCUGAUCUCUCUCUACCCGCUGCUGCUUCCAGCAUCAUCCUCAUUCACACGCUGCCACCCUCCCCUCCAUGAGUUUGCUGACCUCAACCACUUGGCACAGGGUGACCAGCAAAAAGUGCUGCAAUGCAAAAGAUUCCUUAUUACAUACUUGGGCGAGGUUCGAAGCACAGAGGGUGCUAAUGGUUGCAGAGAAGAUGUAGACACAGCACUAUUGAAGCUGUAUGCUGAGCAGGACCAUGAGAGCCUACUUGAUCUGCUGGCCUCAGACAAUGCUUGCCUGCUUGCAGACAGCGCCCCCUGGCUCGAAAAGUACAACAAGUAUUUUGCACUUGGGCUGCUCUACCAUUGUAAUGGCCAGGAUGCAGCAGCACUACAGUUGUGGAUACGGGUGGUCGAUGGGGAUCUUCAAGACGCCACAAGAUCUGACCUAUUUGAGUACAUUGUAGACUUCCUCAGCUUUUGUUCCAAUCGGGACCUAGUUUGGAAAUACGCCGAAUGGGCCUUGCACAAAGAUCCCACGAUAGGUAUCCAAAUUUUCACCAAGAGGCCUGCCGGGAAAGGUCAGUCGGAUCAGCUGAACCCUGAUGAUGUCAUCAAAUAUCUGGCAAAGCACAAGCAGGCCCUGCUGCUUUACUUGGAACACCUGGUGCUGGAAAGACGGAUACAGAAGGAAAGAUUCCACACACAACUGGCUGUUUUGUACCUGGAGAGGGUCUUGUUACUCCUGUCCCAAUCCCCAGCAGUUGAGGAGCAGGUGACCAAAGCCAGAGAAAAACUCCAAGCUCUGCUCAGGGAGUCCAACCUGUACCGUGUACAACUACUCUUAGGUAAGGUGGAGAACUCUGAACAGCUACUACUGGAGUGUGCUACCCUACAUGGGAAGCUGGAGGAGCAUGAUAAAGCUCUGCACAUCUUGGUUCACAAGCUCAAAGACUUUCCCUCAGCCGAGGCCUACUGUACAUGGGCCUCUUCUUCUCGAGACCCCGCUUUUCAGCAGCAGCUGUUUCACCUUCUCUUGGGGAUGUACCUCCAUGGAACAGCCCAGGGCACAACAGGUGGUAGGAGGGCAGAGCUGGAGAUGGCAGCGGUGGACCUACUGAAUCGUCACGGCGAGGUAUUUGACGCUGUCCGUGUGCUAAACAUGCUCCCCGAGGGCUGGUCAUUGCAGCUGUUGAAGAGCUUUCUGGGCCGUGCCGUCAGAGCCAGUAUGCACGCCCAGCGAACCUCCCGGCUUGCUCUGGGGAUAGCUCGUUCUGAGAACCUUCAGCUGCUGCAUGACAGGUUGAAAGAGCGGAAAAACCCAGUAUUUGUGUCGGAAAAGAAGGGAUGCUACCUUUGCCACAAUACCUUCAGUGGGCCCGACGUCGUUUGUCUGCCAGGUGGAGUGCCUGUACACACGCACUGUAUUGCCCAGAGGGUCACAGACUCUCCCACCAAGAGACGGCUAACCAAUAGCAGUAAUCACACAUGAAACCAAGCCACGGGACGGUGUGAUCGGAGGCCCUGCACGAAAGCAGGACGGCUCGAGUGUGCGUAUGGCUGAGGACUACGGGGGGUAACAAAAAAGCACAGAAAUGUCUUUACGCUGAUAAGUGGAAACCGCGACGUGUGUGUCUGUGUGCACAAGUGGGAGAAAGAAUGAUGAGUUAAGGUAUUUAUUUCAGUGUUGGUCUUAAACCACACUUUCAGACUGUGAAUUUUAACAAAAAAAAAUAAUCAUGUACUAUCCCCCUUUAUCAACAUUCAAUCGGAAAAGCGCAUCUGAGAUGGGCUUUUUUUUUGUCUAUCUGUAAAGAGUCCUGUGCUAAAUGUCUCUGUCUUAGCUGAUGCAGCUCUAAAAUGAAAACUGUUUGCUAAAAUGUUCAGACCUCAGGACCAAAAGUACACGAGUUCUGUUCCAUUUCGCCCCGAAACAUGAAUAUUCUUACCACACUACAAUCAUGCUGUGCGUCUGGUCGAAGCAACUCAUAUUUCGUACGGUCUCCCAUUUUGUCCUGUCUUUUUGACGGCCCCUCAACCAUUGCAGAUUAACGUGAGACACUGGAAAGACUCAAGGUAACGGCGACAUUCAAGCAAAUGGACUCCUCUCUUUUUGUCUACCUGGUGACCCACUGGCAGCACACAGUACCGAGUUAGUGUGAGCAACUAAACUGCAGCAGUUUUGUCCACCUGCAGAAGGGAAAUCUGCUGUAGGAUUUUGAUGAAUACUUAAAUUGCAUGGUGGAUUAUUAACAAACGAAGGAAUCCCAUUUAAGUAUGUAUGUAAUAAAACUUAAUAUUAAGCGAGUUUUAAACCUGAUAUGAAACGUCAUAGCAGGUGUAUAUGUCAGUAGGUGGUGAAAUUACAAAUAGUAACGGAUUAAAUUUAACGUUUUUCCAACCAGUAACUGCAAGAAUGACCGCCAUCUGCAUUUUCUCAUGCGUCUUCAACGUGCAUGCCCCAUUGAUUUUGAGUUUUUACGGCAAAUGGAAGUUGCAUAUGUAAUGAUCAGGAAUCACAAGGCGUUUAUGAAUAACCCAGCCACCGAGGACGCACAAGCCGGUGUAUUCCCAGUGCUGGUCCCAAGCCCGGAUAAAUUUAUGAAUACGUCACGUACAGUGUUGACAUGGUGUUUGAGUCGGGCUGCAGCCCUAUAUGGUGUUUGAGUCCCUCUCUGCCGCCUCUCUUGCCGCUCACCCCUCUGCUGUCCAUUAAGGCAGAAAUAGUCAUAAAAUGGCGAACUAAGUUAACCGGUGAUUAAUGAAAACGAAUGAGAUUAAACAAAACGCAGCAAGUCUACAUUUGUUUAGCCCGCGAGGGGUCUUGAUUGACAGUUGUUUAAGGAUCUGAGUAGCAUGGAAAUAAUGAGUGUAAAUGUUUUAAUCUCUUUUGAUCCGUUAUUGCAUUAGCCUUACUGUUACAGAGUAUCGAUACACACAAUGAAUGGUGAAAUGGUCAUGUAAACGGCAAGUUUAGAUCCUGACAUGGAUGCCUGUUCAACAAGUGUCAGUCGAAAAUGAUGAAUUGCAAAAACUUUGAAGUGGCCUGUCACACCCACUUGCAACGCUCAUGAUCAAACUACAUACCACUGUAGUGACUAAUUCUCCAAUGUUAUAGCAUAGUUGUUUUUUUUUUUGGCAUUUAUGUCCAAUCACUUAAGUGAUCGAUUCAAAAGUGCCGAUGGGUCCAUAAUGGUUUUACUGUGAACUCCAACCAACGUUCCACACAACAACAAAAAAAGGGAAAAGAAAAUACCACACGAUGAAUAGCAUUUAAACUGCUUGGUCGUUGCUCUGACACAAGUUUCAUAGUGACAAGUCUUACCCUGACGAGUUUUUUUUUUAAAAGUUAAGAUGGAUGUUCCACCCGACUGAUGGCUGGACGUCUUCCAAUUGUCAUAAUAUGGCUACACCCACUAACCACCCAAACAUUUUUGAAGCCUGUUAUUGAAGAACAUUGUCCCCCCCCCCUUAAUACCCUAAUCUGUUUCACACCACAAAAAAUACAUCUUGAAAUUCUCUCCGAGGAGGAUGAAACUGAUUCCGGUUGUGGCUUGUCAGAUUGUCCAACCUGAAGAUAACCAACAGUCUGAGACGUCUUCCUCAAAAUGUCUGCUUGACAUCACACUUGGUAAUAUGUGAAGCGAUACCAGAAUCUCAGAAGCUGUUUAAGUAAAGCUGGGUUGUUAAUGUAUCAGCAAGUUAUUGGAGUAGUUUGUAUGAUCAUCUGUUCUCCGUUGGGUCAAAUGGAUCUGUGCAUGUAUGAUUUAUUUUGAUAAUCCCCCCCCCCCACACAUUCAAUACUCAUUGUCUGUUUUCCUUCUCUGGUCUGAUGAUGUGUCACUGACUGUCCAUACCUGAUUAGUUUCCAGGGACCCAGAGAGGUUGAGUCCUUAAACUUGUAUUACAGGAUUGUCCGUACUGAACCAACCAUUCGUCCGAACUAAUCCAAAAAUGGGGCGGCACGGUGGCCCAGUGGUUAGCGCGGUCGCCUCACAGCAAGAAGGUUCUGGGUUCGAGCCCCGGGGUAGUCCAACCUUGGGGGUCGUCCCGGGUCGUCCUCUGUGUGGAGUUUGCAUGUUCUCCCCGUGUCUACGUGGGUUUCCUCCGGCGGCUCCGGUUUCCUCCCACAGUCCAAAGACGUGUAGGUCAGGUGAAUCGGCUGUACUAAAUUGUCCGUAGGUAUGAAUGUGUGUGUAUGUCGGCCCUGUGUGAUGGCCUGACGGCCUGUCCAGGGUGUCUCCCUGCCUGCCGCCCAGUGACUGCUGGGAUAGGCUCCAGCGACCCCGCGACCCUGAGAGCAGGAAAAGCGGUCCGGAUAACUGGAUGGAUGGAUAAUCCAAAAACCUACCGUCUGUGUAGACUCGGCCUGCUUUCAGGCUCAUAGUUUCAGAAAAAAAUUUUUUUUGUGUGUCCCCAAAAGUUAAAGGAAUCUUAGUUAGCCCACAACACAGCUCAAAAGCUGAACGAAUCCAUAAUGACUGGAAAUAAAAUGCUACUAAUUUUGAAUAAAAUCGGGGAAGAAAGUAAAAUCCAAUGUGUGCUAUCAUCUUUUGGAGAAAAAAAAUCCAGUUGUCCAUUUUUUUUGGUUUUUUUUUGUUCAACAGUUUUGUUACUGGUUUUUCUUUUAUCCGGUGCCUGAGCUAUUUAAUUCUGGCCUUGUGUAAAUGCUGUCCCCUUCUGUGUGGAGCUUUUUGCUCAGACGUGGGUUUUAUUUUUCUUAAGACGGAAGCUCGGAUCGUUUUGUUUUUGAAAGGUUUGCCUGUUUUUUCUUUUUCACAUUAGAUGUUUGUUCCCUUAUGCACUUUCCUGUCUGAACUUUGUAGCUUGCUAAAGAGCCCCCAAUACAACAACAGCCCAGAAUCACAAACAAAAACCAACAAAAAAAAAAAACAACAACACGUGUGACUAAUUCACAUAGGAUUUUAUAAAUAUGUAUACUGGUAUGUACAUACUGUAUUUAUACCCGUUUGUUGCUUUGUAAAACAAUGCCAAUGUGAGUUGAAUGUAUGAAAUGUAAAGCCGUCCCAUUUUAAUAAACAUGAACUGUAUGCUAACUGAAGGGAAAGCCAUAAUGUCACCAUUUUAUGUUAGUUACAGCGAGC